AAAUUAUAGUGUUUUUAAAAAUGCUUUUGUUUGAUUAAGAAAAAAAAAAGAAAGACUUUUGUUGCAUAAACUUGCCAAAUGUGUUGUACCGAAAAGUGUGUGGAUCAAAAUGUGUGUGAUAUUCAGCUUACUUUUUAAAGUUUUUAAAACUUUAGAAAUAAUUUUUUCACAUAAUAAAUUCGUUUUGCGGUGUUUUGGGAAUCGCUUAACCCGUUUUGGGUUCCUUGGCUUCGUUGUCACAUAGACGAGCAUCGAUUUUGGCCAUAUUUACAUAGCCAGCCACAACGCUUUUUGCGUGCAUGUAUUUUGUUGUGCCUGUUGUGUUUUUGGCCACAUUAUGUACAACUACAGGCGUCUGGCACUUCGGCUUGUGGGCCACAUAAACCGACAACGAGCAGCCAAUAAAUGCUGCCGACUGGUUUCCUAUAUAAAAAGGACACUGCAGCUGUAUGUGAUUCAUACUCUCGUUCUCAUUCUCCGGCAGAAGGCACACACACACACCCUGAGAAUGCUGUGUGUGCCGUAUGUAUUUUGUAUUUUUGGUAUGGCCCCUGCACUCGUCCUGGUUUUUCAUGCUUAUUUUUGCCAUUUUUUUUUCUUAGCCGCGAGUGCUUCCGUGUGUCCUGGGCUCUCGAAAUAAACAUAAAAAUAUAAGUUUAUAUUUAUAUUUAUACAUAGCAUUUGUCUGUCCAUGGGCGAGAUAUAAAAACCGGAAGCGUCUGAUCCUGACACUUGCCAACACUUGGGGCGUACAGGGUGUCAGGACUCAGGACUCAGGAUUCAGGACUCUUCUUUUGGUGUCGUAAAACCCCAGCUCGGUUUCUUGUGCGUGUUUUUUUGGCACUUGUAUUCCGCUGUAUGCCGCUUCUUUUAUUAUUAUUGUUAUCUUUUUUUUUCGCCGCGCUGAGCUGGCUGAGCUGUCUGCUUCUGCUUUUGGCACUUAGACAUUGCGUUACGCGCAUAACUUUUUAUUUUUUGUUGGCUCAUGUUUCGCUUUGUAUGCGUAUGCGAGCACACACAAAUCGUAAAAUAUUAAAUUUAAUUUUUCAAAUGAUGUGUGAAUGGCUUAGUCUUGAUAUAUGAUAAUGGCCGUGCGCGCGGCAUCCAUAAAAGCAGUCAGUUUUAUUUACUUUUCUUAUGGUUCGAAGGACUUUGAUCACACUAGCAGCCAGGCAAACAUAAUUACCCGUUUUGUUUGUUUUAUGCUUAUGAUUUUCAGCAUUUGUAGCUAUUCUGCUCAGCCUAAACCAAAAUAUUGUGUUUUAAUAUUUCCCUAGAAGCAAAAAAAAAAAAAAAACCAAGGGAAUCCACUUGUCACGAGUGCUAGGGAUUCUGCCUGGGAACAUAAUUCAAAAACCAAAUGAACUUUUCGAAAACAAAUUUCAUUGGUCUGUGAUAAGUGAAGGUCAAGAAGCUAAGAGGAAAUUUUUUAUGAAAACUAAAAAGCUUAAAAACUAAAACCAACCACAAACAACACAAAGCGGAACAAACGUCAAGGACAACCACAAAAAAGGCAGCAUUUUCCAAAUUAGCAAAAUUGUAGAAAUUAUUUAAUGCAUCAAAACGUUUGACCAAACAACAAGCAGCAGCAACACCAGGAGCAGCAACAGCAACAACAGUGCGGUUUCACACAAAGGCGGCCAUUAAAAAAAACCAAAAAACCUAGCCAAAUUACAACACAAUUUAUUUAUAUCAUCAACUGCAAGGCGGCAGGCACUUCAUUAAGCAUCAAAGCGAGCUGCGUGCAACCGCAAAACGUGCAAAUUCCGCACCGCAACAGUAGUAGCAGCAGCAACAGCAGCAGCACCACUUAACCAUUACCCCACUGCACCACCAGCCGUAAAAUGUUGGCCAUGCCCACGCUGAUGAUGCCAGCCACCGCCCAGAUGACGCUCAGCGCCGCCCAUGGAAAGCCCUACGAGACAAAGCUGCUGGCCAUCCACCAGACGCACCUGCAGCAGCAGCAGCAGCAGCAACAGGCCCCCGCCCCCCCGCAGCAGCAGCAACAGCAGCAGGUGCCGCAGCAGGCCGGCAAUGGCAAGCAGCAGCAGCAGCAGCAGCAGAUGACCAUUGUCACCACGCAGCAGCAGCAGCAUCCGCAGUCGCAGUCGCCGCAUCAGCAUCAGCACCAGCAGCAGCAGCAGUCGCAGCAACAGGCCGCCGCAGCAGCCGCCGCUGCAGCCGCAGCAGCGCACCACCAGCAGCAGCAGGCGGUGGCCGCCGCCGUCUGUGCCGCCCAACAACAAGCGGUGGUGGUGCAGCAGCAGCAGCAGCAGCAGCAGUACCAGAUCCACUCGCAGCAACAGUCGCCGCAGCAGCAGGUGCUCUGCAUCUCGCCCAAGCAGGAACAAUUCCACAUCUUUGUCGGCGACUUGAGCUCAGAAAUUGAAACUCAGCAAUUGCGCGAAGCAUUCACACCAUUCGGCGAAAUCUCCGACUGUCGCGUGGUGCGCGAUCCACAAACCUUGAAGUCGAAGGGCUAUGGCUUUGUGUCCUUCAUCAAGAAAUCGGAAGCCGAGAGCGCCAUUACGGCCAUGAAUGGCCAGUGGCUUGGCUCCCGUUCAAUUCGCACGAAUUGGGCCACACGGAAACCGCCGGCGAGUAAAGAGAACAUCAAGCCGUUGACCUUCGACGAGGUCUACAAUCAGAGCAGUCCCUCCAAUUGCACCGUUUACGUGGGCGGCGUCAACAGCGCCCUCACCGCCCUCAGCGAGGAGGUCCUGCAGAAGACCUUCGCCCCGUUCGGCGCGAUACAGGAGAUCCGCGUCUUCAAGGACAAGGGAUACGCCUUCGUGCGCUUCUCCACUAAGGAGGCGGCCACCCACGCCAUUGUGGGCGUGCACAAUACCGAGAUCAAUGCGCAGCCCGUGAAGUGUUCGUGGGGCAAGGAGAGUGGUGACCCCAACAACGCGCAGACCAUCGCAACCCAGGCGCUGAACAGUGCCGCCGCCGCUGCCGCCGGUUUCCCCUAUGGAGUGGGCGCGGCUGCCGCCGCCGCCGCCUACGGACAGCAGCUGGCCGCCACGGGCUGCUGGUACUCGCCCACGCCCACCUAUCCGGCCUCCUCGGCCACCGCUGCGGCGGUAACUCCGGCGGCGGCCAGUGCAGCCGCCGUGCAGAACCAGUUCCUGCAGGGCAUCCAGGGCUACCACUUCGGCCAGUACGGCGGCUACCAGCAGGGAUACAUGGGGAUGGGAGUGCAGAUUCCGGCCACCUGGCAAGGCGUCACCCAGGCGCAGAUCUCACCUGCCCAGCAGCUGGCAACGGGCGUGGCCGGCACCGCCAUUCCGCAGGCCGCAGGUGUGGUGGCCUAUCCGAUUCAGCAGUUCCAAGUGAGCCCACAGGUUUAUCCUUUACUCUUGCAGGCACAGUAAACGCAAAAAGCCAAAAACCAGAAAAUCAAAAACCAAAAUUUUUAAGUACAGCUGCAAUUUUCUGAACAGAAUCAAAACCAAACUGAGCUGUAAAUAAAAUGCGAAGCGCAGAACACACAAAUUGCAAACAAAUUGAUGGCAACUUGAAGUUUGGCGAUUUUAGCGAGCUGCACCCCAGAAACAAGAGCAAGCGCUAGCGAAUGCAAAAUCCAAAAUCCCACACCCACAUAAAUAUAUAUCUAUAUAUAUAUACAUAUAUAUAUAUAUGAUAAACUAGAGCAUAAAUAUCUGUCAACGCCCGUUGAGUAAGCAUCAUCGGGGGAAGCAAACAAUUAUUAUGUAUAUGCAAAAAGCAAGGAAAGCGAACGUAUUUUUAACCCUAGUUGCUUACACCACACUCACACACCCAAACACACAUAAAUCACACACCAUAUAUUUUAAUGCUUUAUGUAAAUGUGUUGAAGCACGGCGCGUAUAAAAAUAAUAAUGACAAUUAUUAAUUAAAGAAGGCAACAGCACCAGGAGAGCGUGAAUAAAAAAAGGGGAAUAUAAAUUGGACUAAGGAAAACGUAAAUCGAGUGGGUUGUAGCAGCCUAAAUCAAACACAGUCGCGGCAUUAAAUUAAAAUAAACAUAAUUAAAAAUGCGUUAAAAUUAAUUAAGCGCACACGGACAGGCACACAUGUAUGCAAGUAAAUAUUUGUGUGUGUGUGUGUGUGCAAACAGCCCUUAACCCACACAAAAUCAUCCUUUUGAAAGCAGGACCCGCAUCAUUUUGUAUUGCCUACUUUUGUGCGCGGUUUGGUUCUAGCUUAGCCCACACACACACACACAUUCGAACAUUACUUUCACUGGGCAAGUGAAAGCAGAUUUUUACUUUUUGAAUUAAUUCAACAUUUACACUUUACAAAGUUGUGUGUAAAAGUUUAAAGGUUUAAUAGAUAUGUAAAAUCUACUUUCACCCACCCAAAGACACACUUAGCACUAGUGCCUAUAAAUAUAAUAGAUGAUACUGCUUAGAAACAACUGCCAGUUAUCGGGCCAAGUGCAGUUGAUUGGCCAACUAGCUCGUCAUGUCCUGCUAUCAUCAUUUCCUAUAUAGAAUGCAACUGAAAGUUCACGCACUCACACCGAUUUGUGAUCGAUCAGCAAUCGAAAGACAGGUUCCUACACACGCACACUUACACGGUCUUCUCACCAGCACUCGCAGUUCGAAGUAUCUGAAGAUAUAGUAAUUGUAUCGUAUAAAAGUCCAGGAAAAUCCAGCCAGCCAACCAAUUGUUUGCCUGAAAUCCGAAUCUUCUUGUUUCAUUAAGUCCUAAGUUUCUCGCUUUACUUUCAACAAGCGCUUCACGAGAGCCACAUGUACAAAGCAGCCGCAAAAAUGUUUCAAACUCCCUCCAAACAACUUACUCUUAAAAUAAACAAAACACGCCAGUAUUAACCCAUGUUUGUACAUGUUACGUUUAUGAUUUUAUUUCAGUUGCCAGAAGAGGAAUGGUUAGCUGCAAAUUUGUUGUGUUAGUUCUCUGUUGUUUAGGCCAAACGAAAGCGAUAAGGAAAUCCAAAUUAAACAAAACCAAACCAAAUCACACUGAAACCGAACCGAUAACCAAACAGAAUAUCCAAGUAGCUAAAGAUACAUAUGUGGUAUGAGUACGAGUAAUACAAUAUAUAAAAAGAGAAAGACAGAGAGAGAGAGAGAGAGAGAGAGCAGAAAAACACAAGUAAAAUAUAUUGAAAACAAUCAAAGUAUGCCAUCGAAUGAUAUUAAUUGAUAUUAGCUAAUCGAGCAUAGCCGUAAUAAAGUAGAUAUUAUCGCCUAAUCAUAUAAGCCAAUAUAAACACUUGCAGCCCAAAAAGACAGUGAGAGAAAAAGAAGCCGUCACACACAGGACACGAUACCCAAAAGGCAAGCAUUAAUCAACUUAUAGACAACACCAAACACACUCACUCACUCACUCACUGAAAAGCUAGAGGGAUCGAGAAUUUCAGAAGCAUACAAUAGGCAUAUGGUACAUACAACUAAAAGUGUAGAGUAUAUAAAUGUAAAGUGGUAAAGCCUAGACUUAGAGUUGGUUGAUAAGUACAUAGAGUAUAAAGCAUAUGCAUUAAACCAACAUGCUUAUAUAACAUAUAGCAGAUAUAGAGACACACACACACACAACCCACUCACACACAUGGUGUUUACAUAUAGAGGAGAAAAACUAAAUGCGAGCAACGUAUGCUAAAUGAUAUUUAUUGUAUAUUGUGUUGUAUGCGUUGGAUGAUAAAUCACAAAUAGUUGUUCAAAAUGAAAACCAAUUAAAACGAUGACAGCAGCAACAAGAACAGCAAGCAAAAAUCCCCAAGUAAUAGAAUAUAGCAAUACGCAUACGUAACGUAAUCGCAAUCGCAAUCGCAAUCGCAUUCGCAUAUAUUCGUACGUAUCGGACAAUUAAGCUGCAAGGGACGAAAAGGACGAGGCUUGAUUUGCAUUUGACACGCCCCAAUCCCCAAAGCGACUGGCAGCAUGGAAUUUGUUAUGUCAUUUUUUAGUGGAAUUUUUCGCAGAUAACGGAGCAGAGCAUUUAGUUACUCGCGUGUGGCCCUAGCACCAGUAAAUGUCUAUUGAUAAUACCCACACCGGAACACGUAUAAAUAUACAAAAUAGUAUAUGGUUUAUACUAUAUGUUUGCAGGAUGCGCUCACUCAGUACGAAAAGAUGGGUCAUGGGUUUUUAACCAAGGAUCCGAGGAUCGGCGGGACACGUAGUAGUCUUUAGGCGCAGUCGUACUGUAUAUUUAAAUGUUUUUAGCACUAGAAUUUAGAGGAACUACGAGGCGCAUGGCAUGCGACUUAGAUGUAGAUGUGAUUUUAAAGAGGGCGGGAUUGGGCCGCAUAAAUGCAAAGUGAAGUGAAUCUGACAAAUGCAUUUUCUGUUGUUAUUUUAUUUUCUAGAAAUUUUGUUAAAUAAAAAAAAAACGCGAGAACAAAAUUUGAAAUGUUGUUGACCAAAAGAAAAAAAAUAAAAUAAUCUAUACAAUAUAAAAACCAGUUUCGCAGAAAAACAAAAAUUUGGCUAGGAAAACAAAGAAGAGAAAAAAACAUUUAUAAGUGAAAGGGUUUAUAGUUAAGACAGAAAAAACGAAAAAAAAAAAUUAUCGGUUUGUUUGUUAAUGUUUGCGCUACAUAUCAGUAAAGAGUUAAAAUGGGUAGUUGGCACGUAGAAAUAGUGAAGAGUUGGAAACUAAAUAAGAAUUGAAAUGUGGAAGGUAAGAAGCAUAAAAACAAGCUGGUGAAGACGAUGAACUAAAUAAUAUACAAAUAUAAAAGAAAAAAAGAAAAAACAAUUAAAAACAUAUAUAAAUAACAGCUGUAACUGUAUGUAUUUAUGUUGUGUAACUAUAAAAUGUGCUAAGUCAUUUAUAUACGUCUAUAUAUAUAUAUGAACAUAUACAAAGUAUUUAUACACAUGGAAGCCCACGUCACAUAUACAGCAGACAGCAGAAAGCAAAAAGGUCUAAUCCUGGUAGAGGAAUUUGCCCCUAACAAGGCCACUACAAAAGUACUGUGUAGCUGCACUAUAGUGCAGGAUGAUUAAUAUUAUUCAUCGACUCAGGUUCCGUUCCGAUCAUAGCCCAUUGCCAUUGCCACCAUUAGUCAAGCAUAAUUCAAUUCCGAGUCCUUCGCUUUGUGUUGCUAAUUCGGUUUGGUUUCAAAGCCAACCAACAACACACACUGAAACGAUUGCAGUUAUUAACCAUAAACUACAAUUUCCAAUUAGUCAAUUCGAAGUGUAAUUAACUGGAGUGCUGAGACCGGAGCAGUUAGCAAAAUUUACCACACGCAGCGCGAAAAACAAGCGAUGCAUGUGGGGGCACACAUAGCAUAUAGUAAAUUAAACUAAACGAAGGGAAAACAAAUUUUAACGAGAUCCAAUUGCAGCAAGGCGAAACCGAAAAUCAAUCAAAUAAAAGUAUUAUCUAAGCUACAAACAAUUAUAUAUAUUUACAUGCAGACAGACUUUGCAGUGCAUACUAUUUAUCCGAGUUCUGAGUGUGUUUUCCGUAAGUUUAAUUACACACCAGUUGAGGAUAAGGCAGGAAAUCUCAUUUACAGGCAGACACAGAGCAGAAAUAUUAUAUAACUAGCCACGAGAACCGUGUUGGAACCAAAUUAGAUUCAGUAUAUUCCGAGCAGGCAGGAUAUUUUUGUGCAAUAAACCAGGCGGAUUGAAAGGCAUGUUAUGCAAUUAAAAUUACACUAAGAUUGUAAACAAAUCAAAUGCAAAUGUAGAAAAAUCAAACGAUGAGCAAACAACCAAAAGCUGCUAACAAAACAAACAUCAAAGGAAAAACAAAAGCUAAAACCGAAAAAAGUUUUGGAAGGCAUUCGACACGAGGACAGAACUCACAGAUACAAAUACAGAUACAGAUACAGAAACAGACACAGACAUAGAUAUCGAUAUUAUACGAACAAUAUAUAUAUAUAUAUAUAUAUACAGACGUAAAAUAUGAUAAGUAAAUAGCAAAUAACUAAAGUAAACAAAGUAUAGAUAUCGACUGCAGUAUUGCAAAUAUUUUGUAGAAAUUUAAGCAUGUUUGAGUGUGUUUUAGGACAAGGACUAGUAAACACAAAGGCGAAAGGCAAACAGGAUGAAAAAAUCGAAAACAUUGUAGCGGAAUAUAAGGGCCGAAAACAUAAGCAAACAACCAAACAAACAAACAAAAAAUAACAGCAAGAACAAAGCCGAAAAUUCAAAAACCUAAUGCAUAAGUUAAGUAUUAAAUAUACACUAAAACAGAAAUAUAUAUACAAUUUAAAUACGGCAUCACAAGUCACACACAGACAUACACACACACGCACACACCAACACAUACGAAACGGCAUUUGCAUAAGAAAACACACAAGUGAAACAACGUAACGAAUAUUACAAGAGUUAAUCAAAUUAAGCAUAACAAGAAAUUCAAAGGAAAAAUAUUUAUAGUUGAAAAAAACAAACAAACAAAUAAAAACCAGGAUAAUUUGGUUGCGUAUUUGUAUACCAACGCGCCAAAGAAACCCGAAAAACCCAAGAGCGAAAUGCAAGCAAAAUAUUAUACAACAAUGUCAGCGAAGCGUAGAGGUCACCAUCUCCCAUCGAGAAGGUUUCGAAAGAGAGGUGACCGCGACAAGUGGGGAAUGGCUUAAGAGCUGGACGCUGGGUUGCCAUAAGAGGCGAAACGCAUAGAGAAAUUAUACUUAGGUGACAGCAAAAAAAAACACACACAUAAAAAUAACACAAAAACAAGAGUGUAAUAACAAACAAGAAAAGAAAAGAAAAAGCGAAGGAAAGAGAAGAGAGGAAAAAAGGCGAGAUGGAAAAACAAAGAACAACUGCAACAUAGAAAUGAUGAAAAUAAGUAAAUAUACCGAAUAAACAACAAAAAUUAUAUUAUGUAUACAUAAAUAUAUUGAAAGAAAACAAAUAAAAACGAACAAAAAAAUUUUGUAAAAAUAAAA